CCGCUUCUGAUUCAACAGCUAAGGGUAAGACGAAAGCAAAAUCCCGAUAUCUCAAACGAAAGAAAGAACGGCGCAAGUCUAGGAAAGCUGCAGCGCCCAAAAAUCCAAACGUUAGCCAAAUUCAAACGGCAAAACAGGAUGAAGACACCCCAGAUGACAGCGACAGUGGAUCUGAAACCGGAUCUCAUAGAGAGCAUGAAGGCGAGGAUGAAACUGCUAUGCAAAUUCCUUCAUCUACGAUGAACAUGGGGCCCUUGGGUUCACCUGCCCCGGAAAAGAAUACAACGGGGGGGAAAGGACAAGAAGCUAAUGCACAUGGGGAAGAACAGCAUGACAACAGACCCAGGAAACGUCGGAAGGUGGCCAUAGAAGACGUUGAAGAGGAGGUAGUUGCUGGAGACGUACCUGACGAACCUGACGAGGUAGAAGGACAAGAUUCGCCACCAGCCGAAACCUCGCGGCUACCGACGCCCCCCGUCGCUCUCCCCUCGUUCCCUCUACCUGCUGCUCCUAGGGCCCCCUCAAGGUCAGUCCUCGCUCUACAAGGACUGGACCGCGCGCUAGUCAAGGCGGAGGUAAUACACCCCACCACGGUACUUCCUGUUCCUCUGGACGGAUCAGACUCGCAAGGAACGGGCCUUUCAGAGAAAUCAAGGAAACGCCUUGGGGACCUUGGUAUCACGGAGUUGUUUGCGGUUCAAACGGCUCUACUUCCAUUCCUCCUUCCGGAGACACAUUCACAGAGAGCAUUGUACGUACCAUACGAACCCUUACGUGACGUAUGUGUAUCUGCCCCUACUGGAAGUGGCAAAACGCUUGCAUAUGUGCUGCCUAUCGUCGAGAUCUUGUCUACGAGGAUUGUGACGCGGCUUCGCGCGCUGAUAGUUCUACCCACACGCGACUUGGUCACGCAAGUGAGAGAGACUUUCGAGGUGGUGAGCAAGGGCCGAGGACUGAAGACAGGGACUGCCACCGGUCAGCAUUCGUUCUCACAUGAGCAGUCGCAACUGGUGGCCGAUAGCUCGACUAGCUUGAGGGGCGGUUCCAGUAAAGUUGACAUCCUCAUAUGUACCCCUGGUCGCCUGAUAGACCAUAUCAAUGGCACCCCCAACUUUUCAUUACAGCAUCUGCGAUUUUUGGUGAUUGACGAAGCAGACAGGUUGCUGGCGCAGUCUUUCCAAGAUUGGCUGGCGCAAGUGCUUGCAGCCACGUUACCUCCAGAUCAUGCUGGUGCUGCCUACACUUUUCCCACGGAUCGUUAUGGGCUACCUACACCCGAUGGGCUGGCACCGACAUUUGUUCACCACUUCCAGACAGACAUUGAUGAAGAGAAGGAGUCAUCCUGCCAGAAGCUGCUCUUUUCUGCCACCCUGACAAGAGACCCUGGCAAGCUUGCUGCACUUAAAUUGAGGGAUCCAAAGUACUUUGUUGUCCAAGCUAAAGAAAAGCUCGAUGGGAACGAUUAUGUCGGAGAGCAGUUCACUAUGCCUGCUACCCUCAAGGAACAUAUGAUCAUUUGUGAACCCUCGCAAAAGCCUUUGAUGCUAUUUUACCUUCUCCAGAAUCGUUCUGUGGAUAAUGCGCUCAUUUUCACCAAGUCGUCCGAGUCCACGUCGCGACUUGUCCGGUUGUUCGAGCACUUUGCAACUUUCAAGCAAUCCGGUGCAGCCUCUGAGGACGAUAAACUCGUCAUUCAAGCGUAUUCGAGCGAUCUGCCAGCGGGAGAGCGAAAACGGAUUUUGGAGAAGUUCAAGGCCAAAGAAGUCCAUUUGUUGGUAUGCUCUGACCUCGUAUCGCGAGGAAUUGAUAUUAGCCAUGUGGCUCAUGUGGUGAGCUACGAUGCGCCUGUGGAUAUGCGCAAGUACGUGCAUCGGGUGGGACGGACCGCUCGGGCAGGGAGAGAAGGACAUGCUUGGACACUUGUUGAAGAACAGGAGGCACGUUACUUCAAAACAAUGCUGAAGACUGCGGACCACGCUGAGAAAGUCAAGCGACUGCGCGUUUCCAACGACGAUGUCAAACCACUGUCGGGUUACUACCAGGCCGCACUACGGAGUUUGAAGGAGGAGUACGCGCGUUGAUUUGUUGUGUUCCGGCUCAUCCGGCAUGCUUAUUGGUUCAAAGUCAACUCCGAAAAGGCCGGCCGUGAGAUGGAGGGUUGGUCGAUUGCUUCCGUAACCCGCGGCCAAUCGGAGAGGGUCCCAGAGGGUCCCCUGAUCCGCGAUGGCAUAGUCUGUCAUAGUCACGGCGCAUUCAAGAUGUUGGGGUUGUCGUUUUUUAGCUGCAAAUAGGUGAAAUGAUUGUUAGCCGUAUUUGUCGCCGUUACAAA